GACGUCUAGGCAGCGGAGUGAUGACGGGGUGAGGCGGCCGUGCCGGAUCUUUAUUCCUGUGCAGGAUGCCUGUGUGUGUCUGGCUCUCAUUGUGAUUGAACUGCACGGGGGGAACCGCUGGAUUCCCCAUUUUCUCCUAUUUGUUCCAUCCAUCUCAUGCCCUGUGCUUUCUUCCAAGGGAUACAUUAUCUGUGCAUAAUUUCUCCCUGCACACAAAGGCACAGCUCCAGGGUCAAAGGAACAAGAGAUGCCAUCCGUGAUGGAGAAAUCUACAGGCUCCUCAGCGAUCAUCUCUCGUAAUAGAACCAAAUCUGACGGAUUGGGCAGCAAUUCUGAGGAGGACAGCAGUGAAGAUGAAGUUCCGAGGGACAGCAUGAUCCGAGUGGGGACUGAUUACCAGGCUCAGAUUCCAGAGUGUAAACAAGACCCUGCGACACAGUCUAAUAAUGUUGAAAUGAAGGGGAUGUUAGUGUGGUCGCCAAGUCCUUCUGUGUCAGGUGCAAAAUUGAAUGAGUACAUCACCAUGGCGAAGGACAAGCAUGGCUACAAUGUGGAGCAGGCCCUAGGCAUGCUGCUGUGGCACAAACAUGACGUGGAACGCGCUCUGGCUGAUCUUGCAAAUUUUACACCAGUUCCUGAUGAAUGGAGUGUUGAGGACAAGGUUCUUUUUGAACAAGCCUUUAGUUUCCAUGGCAAAUGCUUCCAGCGCAUACAGCAAAUGCUUCCUGAUAAACCCAUGACCAGUCUGGUGAGGUAUUAUUACUCCUGGAAGAAGACUCGUUGUAGAACCAGUGUGAUGGAUAGACAGGCUCGCCGGCUGCAGAGCAAGAGCAUUGAAGCCGGAAAUGACCCGCAGAAAAUGAGUGACACUGAGCCAGAUGCUGCUGAGGUCAAGAAAGAGGAACCCGAGAUGUCCACAUCAGAGGUGCCCAUUGGAAAGCCUGGGCCAGUCAAAAAGGAUCCCAUGGUUUCCCAGUACCGGCAUCAUCCCUUGCGAUCCCGCCGGAGGCCACCUAAAGGAAUGUACCUCAGCAAGAGCGAUAUUGGUGCAGUAUGUACCAGUGUGGAAAUGCCAGCACCCAAUCUGUAUCAGCUGGACAAGCAGCUCAUUUCACUUAAACGCCAGGUACAAAAUGUUAAACAGAUGAACAGCAGCUUUAAAGAAACACUUAACGGCGGAAUAGAUGAGAUGAGACCACCAGAGUUAAACAUCAAGCUGAAUUCCCGCUGGACCACAGAGGAACAGCUGCUGGCUGUACAAGCUGUCAGGCGAUAUGGAAAGGAUUUUCAGGCCAUCUCAGAGGUCCUGGGUAAUAAGACCCCAUCCCAGGUGAAGACUUUUUUCAUUAGUUAUCGUAGACGUUUCAACUUGGAGGAAGUGCUUCAGGAGUGGGAGGCAGAACAGGACGUUCCUCCACCCACUGUAUCCCCCGACUCCUCCAGUAAGAACUCUGGUUCUUCCCAGAAUACAAGUGAAGAUGAUGAUGAGGUACAGAUCACAUCCAUCUCCUCGUCAUCGCAGACCAUAUCAUCCACUACAACAGCACCAGCAGUUACAGCUUCUACCUUAUCUCUUCCUCCUCCACUACUGCGCCCGUCUCUUCCUUCAGCCCCUACGCUGCAUCGCCAACCCCCUCCACUCCAGCCAGGACGUCUCCUCCAACCUCGUCCUCCACCUCUUGUCCGCCCUGCCCCCCGGCAGAGCCCUCGUGCACCACCUGCCUUAUUGGGAAACCAUGCAGAGCCAGCCUUCUCCUGAGAACUUGUUUUAUAGAUCCCUUGUUGCAUUUUGGGAAUGGGGUGGGUUUAUUUAUGGCACGGUGGCACUGAAUUUGUAAGAUUACAACAUCUAACCUGUGGAUUAACUCAUUUUACCUCAACAGAACAAUACGGAAGAAUAAGUGACAUGACUGCAAUUGCGGAUUAGAGCACGCAAGACCAAACAAUACGUUUGAGCUGCAGAUUGGCAUUGUGUUUGCAGUCAUUUGAUGUAGUGACCUGUGAUAUGCAUAGAACAGAAGGGAAUGUGCCAGUUUCUUUAUUAUCAUUAUUAUUAUUAUUAUUAUUAUUAUUAUUAUUAGAUCAGUGAGUGGUUGAAUGUUUCCAUCUACCUGGCUCUCACAAGAAUGACUUAAAUCUUCCAGCUUCACAGCUUAGCUAUUGGUAUGAGGUGCCCCUGCGGGGUCAAUGGACUUUGUGAAACCUAUACAGUACAUCUGUGUCAAAAUGUGUCUUGGCAUGUAUCUUCAAGAUAGCUUUAUUCCAACUUGCACUUAUGCAAGUGUAUGUGAUAAACAUCAUUUUCAGGUUGUUGUCAUUAGACUGUUGGUGUGACCGUGUAGAUCGGCCACACUAGGAUAACGUUUUUGGGUAUGUAGUAGUGACUUUUAACUUUGUGAAUAGUUCAUUAAUAAUAAAUUUUUCCCUAGUGAUUUAA